CGCCAAUACUGCAAUUAGUCAUAUCUAUGCUGGUACUGCAGUUAGUCAUACCUGAUCUGACGUCAUCAGUUUUUGAGCUCAAUAUUUUUGUGUGUAGAGCCCGUGAACUUGUGUGAGGCGGGCUCAUGUCUUCAAUCAUUUUGUACUGAAUGUACUUUUCUCUGGAGGAAACUACUUAAUUGUAAAUCGUCAUUCGUCAUUCGUCAUUCGUCAUACAUCUAACAUGUUUUGUCACCCUCCAAAAUAAAAUAAAGACGCAUUUACAAAAGUAACCAAAGUUUCCUCAUUUCACUGGCCAGUACAAAUAUUUACAAUUAAGUAGAUGAUGGAGGAGGAUGGAGGGUGAGAAGAUAGAACAGUACCGUAGGAGUGAACGAAGUAGGAAAAUGACUCAAAAAGGUGCUGAAUUUACCCUGGAAAGUAAAAAUAAAAACCGAGAAAGGUGUUUCAAAAUACUGUUGACACUUAGUGACAACUUACAGAAAUUAUUAUUAUCAUCAGAGGAUAAAGAAACGAUUAGAAGAGCGUAUAGCGAAUGGCUCGAUAAAUACGAAGAAUUUCUAGUGUCUCAGGAUGAAGUACGGGCUUGGCUUUCUACCAGUGAUCAGGUCCCUGAUGAAGAAAGAUUCCAGAAGAGGGAUGAAUACCUUAUGGAUUUGAAAAGUUCUGUAGAGGACUGGUUUACGAAACAUUCAAAAAGUGUUGUGAUUGAUAACAAUUCCGUGAGUUCUAGUGGAAGUCGCAAGAGCAGUUAUUCGCAAGCGAAGUUGGAGGAAAGUCAAAGAAAAGCGGAAUUAGAGGCCAGAGCGGCAUCAUUUCAAGAGAAAAAACAGAUAGAAGAGGCCAAAUUACAGUUGAAAUUGAAGGAAGAAGAACUGGAUAUAAAGACAGCUUUAAAAAUAUGUGAUGAGAGAACUAAAAUAAUCGAACAACUGGAAAAAGCUGAUCUGGAAGUGGGACGUCUGUCAGAGGCCGCGGGUGACAUUCAUCUUCCUUCAUCAACAGUGACAACAUCAAUACAGGAUCCCAUCAUGCAUGUGUCUACAUCUAUGAAGCAGUCAAAGUUGAGUCCAUAUGCACCGGUGUUUUCGUCUGUUUCAAGACCAUUACCAACAUGUGAAACAGUUAACCACAUUAACAGAUCUACAUGUACAAUGACACCUGGUAUUCCAUAUGUGCCAACAAUAACACGCCACAGUACACCAUAUGUGCCUGUUUCAAGUUAUGAAACAAGUCGUCAACCACAGACUCAAGUUUAUUCUCAUCUGUCAGAGCCAAUGUUUACAACUGCAGAAAAUCACCACAACACAGAUGAUCUAUUUACAGUUGCAAGAGAGCUCAACAAACCUAAAGCUGACAUUCAAAAGUUUGAAGGAAAUCCAAUGGACUACCAAAGAUUUAUCCGACAGUUCAACACCAAAGUGUGCGUUAACACCAGUUCAUAUGAAGAGCGUUUGAACUUUCUUCUUCAAUUUACCAGUGGUGAAGCUAAAAGAAUAGUAACUGGAUAUUCACAUUUGGAUGCAGAAAGAGGAUACCUACAAGCUUUAGAGGAACUUAAGGAUCGAUAUGGUGAUCCAGAUGUUGUGGCUCAUACUUAUGUCAAGAAGGCGUUGGAUUGGCCAGCAAUUAAACCAGACAAUUCGAAGGCAUUAGACUCUUAUGCAAUAUUCUUAACCGAGUGUCAAUUUGCUGUGAAUAACGUAAACAGUGCUCGAGUUCUUGAAUACUCAGAAAACAUAAAACUUCUAAUUAGGAAGCUACCAUUCUACUUACAAGAAAAGUGGCGAAAUGUGGUGUAUGAGCUUAAAGACAGAAAACAAGCCGUUACAUUUCAAAACUUAGUAAACUUCGUCCGCAAAGAAGCUAAAAAGGCGAAUGACCCUAUCUAUGGAAAAGAAGUCAUGAAUUCUAGUUCAAGUGCACCAAAACGACAGAAUGAAAGAGUGAACACAUUUUCAAGACCGAGCCGGAACUUUGCUACAAAAACUAUGGAGUCCCAUUCAUCUACAGAAAAUCACACAGCUGCUGUUCAAUACAAACCAAAAUUUUGUGCUUUUGUGAAACCAUGCAUCUAUUGUGAAGGUUCGUCACAUUCCUUGGAAGAGUGCAAGAACAUUAUGAAACUUCCUCUGAAAGAUAGAUAUGCAGUUUUAAAAAUGAAAGGACUGUGCUUUUCUUGUUUAAAAUCUGGACACCAGAAGGGAGUUUGUCAACGCAAGUCAUAUUGUAUUCAUUGUAAGAGAUGUCAUCCUUCUAUACUCCACUUGGAUCCUCGACAGAGCUUUGAACCUCCGGACCAGAACAACAACAGAUUGUCUGUACCUUCAGCAUCUGUGUCUUCGGCAGCGCAUAUGGGGGCUGGGGAACUUGUGAGGCAAGCGCUUCCAAUUAUACCAGUGCGACUGAAAUCAAGAAACAGUGACAAAUACAUUUAUACAUAUGCUUUCUUGGAUUCAGGGAGUACAGCAACAUUUUGUACAGAGAAAAUAGCAAACUUACUUCACAUUGAAGGCAAAAAGACUUUGUUAUGUCUGACAACCAUGGGACAACAGAAGACAGAAAAUUGUUAUAUUCUCUCUGGACUCGAAAUAACUGACGUGAAUGGUGACAAUCAAAUAGAUCUUCCUCCUAUUUACACACAACCAGAAUUACCUGUGUCCAGGAAAGACAUAAUUUCACUGGAGGACCUUCAAAGAUGGCCGCAUUUAAGUGACAUUCACAUUGACAGAAUACCAAUAGAUAGUGAUAUCGGUUUGUUAAUUGGUGUCAAUGUUCCUAAAGCAAUGGAACCAUGGGACAUAAUUCCUAGUAAAGACAAUGGUCCAUUCGCUAUGAAGACUAUCCUUGGAUGGGUAAUCAAUGGACCAAUCGACACAGUUCCAGAAAAUGGCAUUUUCAACACAUUCGUCACGGUCAAUCGCAUUGAUGCAAGAUUAGAAGAACAGAUAAGAUACCAGUUUAAUCAUGACUUUUGUGAGCGGACGAUCGAUGAUGUUCCAGAGCCGUCAAAGGAAGAUAAAACUUUCCUAGAAUUGGUAAAAAAGUCAGUUCAUUUUGAGGAUGGACAUUAUAUCAUUGACUUACCUUUCAAAUCUAAAACUGUUACAAUGCCUAACAACAGAAAACAAGCAGAACAGAGACUGAUUUCAUUAUCCCGAAAAUUUGAAAACAACAUUGAAUUUUGUGACAGUUAUAAAGCAUUUAUGGACAAAAUUAUCAGUGAAGGUUACGCACAACAAGUUCCUACUGAGAACCUUCAACAAAACGAUGGACGUGUGUGGUAUUUGCCGCAUCAUGGUGUAUUUCAUCCCAAGAAGAAUAAACUGCGCGUUGUAUUCGAUUGUGCAGCCAAGUUCAAAGGAACUUCACUAAAUGAUCAGUUGUUACAAGGCCCUAACUUGACAAACACACUUAUUGGAACUCUGAUCAGAUUUCGGGAAGAUGAGAUAGCUGUUAUGGGUGAUAUUGACAGUAUGUUCUACCAAGUGCGUGUACCUCUCCAGGAUGCUUCAUUUCUUCGAUUCCUAUGGUGGAAAGAUGGAGAUACUUCGAAAAGUGUAACUGAAUACCAAAUGGUUGUGCAUUUGUUUGGUGCAACAUCUUCACCUAGUUGUGCCAAUUUUUGUCUUCGAAAAACAGCUCAGGAUUGGAAAGGAUAUUUCAGUGAAGAGACUGUUAACACCGUUCUCAAAAACUUCUAUGUAGAUGAUUGUCUUAAGUCUGUCAAAUCUGUGAACGAGGCUGUAAUAUUAGUGAAAGACUUACAAAGACUUUUAGACAAAGGUGGUUUUCACAUUUCAAAGUGGAUAAGCAACAGUCGAGAUGUCAUGAACUCAAUACCUGUGUCAGAGAGAGCUAAAGAAGUUAAGACUUUAGAUCUAGAUCGUGAUACUUUGCCGAUUGAAAGAGCCCUUGGAGUCCAGUGGUGCGUCGAGUCUGAUUUCUUCAACUUCAAGCUGGAAUUGAACAAACAACCGCUUACCAGACGAGGAAUUCUGUCGAUGGUCAGUAGUGUAUAUGACCCAUUAGGAUUUUUGGCUCCAUUUGUACUCAAGGCCAAAUGUAUCCUUCAAGAACUUUGCAAGAUGCAAUUAGGAUGGGACGAUAGAAUUCCAGAUGACCUUGUAAUUCAGUGGAAUCAUUGGUACCAGGACCUCCAGAAACUAGAAGACUUCAAAGUGAACAGAUGUAUCAAGCCCUUUGGAUUCGAUCCAGUCAUUGCGCAGUUACAUCACUUCUCUGACGCAAGCGAAACAGGAUAUGGCACAGUGUCCUACUUACUACUGGAGAAUACAGACGGAGAACGUCAUUGUUCUUUCAUCAUGGGAAAAUCUCGUGUUACACCACUCAAACAGACAACCAUUCCAAGACUGGAGUUGACGGCAGCUACAAUAGCCGUCAAAACCAACAAGAUGUUACUGACCGAGCUAGACAUGCCCAUCGAUCGCGUUAUAUUCUGGACCGACAGUAUGGCAGUAUUACGUUAUAUUCAGAACAGAACGGCAAGAUUUCAUACUUUCGUAGCUAACAGACUAGCAGUGAUACAUGAAGGAUCGCAGCCCCGCAAUUGGAGAUACAUUAACACGAAAGUCAACCCAGCUGAUUACGCAUCAAGAGGUAUAUCGGCCAACAGCCUUAUCAUGCAAGAAAACUGGAUCAAGGCCCCUAGUUUUUUAUUGGAACCAGAGGAUCAGUGGCCCAAACAUCCAAUGGAGAUCGCUGAUACAGAAUUAUUGGACAAUGACCCAGAGGUGAAAAGAGUUACCAUCAGAGCAGUCAUCGCAGAACAACAGAAUUCAGACAAUUCCACAGAGUGUGUUAAUAAGUUGAUUCAACAUUAUUCUUCGUGGUACUUGUUGAAACGAACAGUGGCAUGGAUUCUGAAAGUGCGGAAAGAAUUGUUAAGGCGUGUGAACAUGAAAAGACUCAAUUCUAGUCCAAUAUUACAAGAAUCAUAUGAUAAGAGUGUUCUAUCGCACCAAGACCUUAAAGAGGCAGAGAAGUCAAUACUGAAAUUUGUUCAACAGCAAGAAUUUGACACAGAAAUCAAUGCUCUUGCAUCAGGAAACUCUCAUGUGAAUCGUAGAAGUAGAAUCAGGAACUUGGAUCCAUUUUUGGAUGAUGGAAGUUUACGUGUCGGCGGUCGACUACACCAGUCAAGUAUUCCAGCAGAGAUGAAACAUCCAGUUAUUCUAUCCAAAGAUCAUCAUGUGUCAACAAUCAUUCUUAGACAAAUUCACCAAGAACUGAUGCAUAGUGGUAGAAACCAUAUGUUGGCAAAGUUAAGAGAAAAGUAUUGGAUUAUUCAUGCUCCGUCAGCUAUCAGGAAGCUGAUAUCAAGAUGUGUUACAUGUAGACGAUUCAAGUCGAAAGUUGAAGAGCAGAAGAUGGCAAAUCUACCAAAGGAUCGUAUCGUUCCAGAUGAACCACCAUUUAGCAGAGUAGGAGUCGAUUACUUUGGACCGUUCGAAGUAAAACAAAAGAGAAGUCGUGUGAAACGUUAUUGCGUAAUAUUCACCUGCUUGGCAAGUCGAGCUGUACAUUUGGAAGUAGCAGCUUCAUUAGACACUGAUUCUUACAUAAAUGCCUUGCGACGCUUUAUUGCCAGAAGGGGACAAGUUACGAAGAUACGUUCUGAUAAUGGAACUAAUUUUGUUGGUGCCGAACGUGAACUUGCCCGAUCCAUACAGGAAUGGAAUCAACACCAGAUUCAAAAGUCAAUGUUACAGAAGAAUGUAGACUGGCAAUUUAACCCACCAGCUGGAUCACAUCAUGGUGGAGUGUGGGAAAGAAUCAUUCGAAUUAUUCGCAAGGCCAUGAACAGCGUUGUAAGGGAACAGACCUUGGACGACGAAGGACUUAAUACCCUGAUGUGUGAAAUCGAAUAUAUGAUCAACGAUCGACCAAUCACGAAGAAUACAGAUCACCACUCUGAUUUGGAACCACUUACACCAAACCAUUUGCUCUUAAUGAAGCGGAAGCCGAACCUGCCUCCAGGAGUUUUUGAUAAGGACGACAUCUAUCACAGGAGACGGUGGAGACAAGUUCAAUAUAUGGCAAACCUGUUUUGGCAUAGAUGGGUACGGGAAUACCUACCGCUUUUACAAGAAAGAGAGAAGUGGCACGAAAUCAAACGGAACUUGCAAAUUGGUGAUGUUGUGUUAAUAGUCGAUUCUAAUUCUCCGAGAAACUCGUGGCCUAUGGGCAUUAUUUGUGAAACUAUACCGGACUGCAACGGACUUGUGCGACAAGUUAAAGUUAAAACUGCGACAAAUAUUCUGAUCCGCCCCGUUGAUAAACUCUGCCGGGUUCUAGAAGGAGAUUGUUAG